AUGUCAGGUGAUCAACCAAUAUCAAAACCUGCACAUAAGGCGUAUGGUAUAACCAACAUCAAAACAUACGUACCUUUGAUUCUUGAUCUCCCAACCAGAAAUUAUGAGCCAUGGAGCACUCUUUUCAAAGCCCAUUGUAUAGCUUAUGGCGUUUUGGAUUACAUCGACGACACGUAUGACCCACCUAAUCAAGCCCCAACGAAUACUGAAUGGUUAGAGCUUGACUCCAUGGUAACACUGUGGCUCUUUGGUUCUAUCUCCCAAAACCUCAUCACAUCUGCCCACUCCAAACAAGCCAACGCCAUACAAAUAUGGCUCAAUAUUCACUCCAUUUUUCAUGAUGAUCAAGAAGCCACUGCUAUACAAUAUGAGACAGAGCUCAGAAACAUUCAAAUGGGUGAACUUAAUGUUCACGCCUACUGUGAUAAAGUUAAGAAACUUGCUGACCUGCUGGAAGGUAUUGGUGAAAAAGUCAAACAUAGGAACCUUAUCCCGUAUGCCCUUAAUGGGCUUUCCCCAAAAUUCGAGAGUGUGGCCAACAUCCUCCGCCAUCGCAAGCCUAUUCCCCCAUUCUCGGAGAUGCGCACCACCCUCUCUGUUGAAGAAACCCGUCUUGCCUCCUCUGCUUUUCGCCCUUCCUCCCACACCAAUCACUCCUCUUCUCAUUCUCUUCUUCACGUUGACUCUGGUUCGUCAAAUUGA